AUGUCCGACGUUCCAGGAGAGGAUUCUCCAACUCACUUUUAUCCAGUUAACUUUGAGAAUUACCUGAGGCCCAAACAAUCAAUCAAAUGCCAGCCACUUCAGCGUUUCAAGAAGCCAAAUGAAAGAGCCACCAAUCUAUACAGGAACCUAAAACGUUUAAAGAUUCUCAGGUGGUAUAAUCGUGUGUCGAAACGAUUUGAAGAGUUUCCACUGCCAAAAUUCCUUGGAUUCCUGCAAGCUCGUAAUGAUGAUGGCCUAUGUAAGCGGAAGACCGGAUUUGAGAUCUACUGCGAGAUGGCCAGCAUACAUGGCUUUCACAUCUUUGUGGGAGCAAAAACGUGGCAAAGGAUACUCUGGUGGCUUCUCAUUUGUAAUGCGGUCCUACUUUCAUUUACCCUAGUGAUCAUGUCCCUUUCCAUGUCCAAGGAAACGCCUACCAUUCGUUUCAUAGACACCAUGAUGAAACCCACGGCGGAAGUGCCUUUUCCCGCUGUCACCAUUUGCGGAUUCAACACAAAGGAAUGGAUGAACUCCUCUCAAAUAGUAAACCAAAGAAAUGCAAGUUGGUUAGAGCUUCUGGAGGAUUUGGCCUUACCAAUCUGCCCACAAAUAAAAAUCUGUCAGUGGGAUAAUCGAAUGGUGAACUGCCUAGAUCAACUGCAACCCAUUUGGACUCUUGACCAAAGGCUGUGCUGCAGCUUUAAUUACAAUAAGCAGCUUUUCAGCUCCUAUUUGGGUGUUAGUUUUGUUUUAAGAUCCAAUGAUGAGAUCCUUCAAAGUUCGAAAUCAGCUGGCUUUGAGGUGCUUAUACACGAAUCUCAUGAAAUACCCAAUGGAGCAACACCAAGGGUAUUUGUGCCAGGCGAAUCAGAUGCUCACAUAAUGCUUAGACCAUAUAUCAAUCGAUUCACGAAAAAUCUGAAGGGCUUAUCUCUGCAGAAAAGAGGAUGUUAUUUUUCAACAGAACGUCGUCUAAUAUUAUCCGAUGUAUAUAACCAAAUAAACUGCCUGGCUGAAUGUCGCACCGAAAGUAUCUUAAAAUCAUGUGGCUGUAUACCGCCAAAAUCACCUAUUGAAAAAAGUUGGCUAAUUUGCGAUCUAAAGCAAAUGCAGUGUGUAAUAGAUUUUGAUCAUGAUGAGAUCAUCAGUGGAGAACAAAAGAAUUGCGAUUGCCUUCCGCCAUGUGAAUUCAAUCGCUAUGAAUUCCAAAGUGAUAUACGAUUUAUAAAGGGAAUGAUUAAUAAUAGUAUUGUUAACACAAGCAAUCAAGAGACCACAAAUGAGGUCCGUGUCCGUGUCUACUACGACUCAGCGAUUGCGGAGGAGCUGCUCCUGGACGUCUACGAAAACUGGCUGACAUUCAUAGGAACCUUUGGCGGCAUAACCGGACUAUUUAUGGGCUGCAGUUUCGUUUCGGUCUUCGAACUGAUUUUCUUUUCUUGUGUGCGACCCACAUGCAACUGGCUGACCAGACAACAGAUACUUUGGCGACGUCGAAGGAAUCAGAGGGUUGGAAUCACGGAGUCAAGGUCAUUAGGGCCGGCUAAUUAGGAGCUGUCCUAAUUACCCUGAUAUCGCCCAAGUCACAGUUAAACUAAGGUGUUCAGCCUGUAGAGAUGGCUUUCAAGAAGCGGCGCAUCUUCGACUUGCGACAUGUUCAGGCCCAACAGAUGGCCACCACCGCCAUUCACAGACGCAGUCAUCCGAUGCACAACCAUUCACACAAUCCCAUCCAGCCGCAACAUCGAUUUCGCCAGAUAGGCGAAUGGUUCACCGAGAACAUGCGCAACUACUGCCAGACCACGUCCCUUCACGGAUUCAGUUACAUCACCCGACAGGACAUCAGUCGCCAUGAGCGUUGGUUUUGGCUAGUGGUCGUGAUCCUGGCCAUCAUCACCUCCAUUGUGCUGGUGGUGGUGUCCUGGUACUGGAGCCAGGAAACGCCAACGGUCACAGUUAUCGAAAGCUCGCACUUUCCGACAUGGAAUAUUCCCUUUCCGGCUGUCACCAUAUGCAACUUUAAUAAGAUAUCGAAAAGUAAAGCACUUAGCUUGUUGGACCAAAUGCAAGUUCCAGUUGGAAUUAAUAGAUCCGAACUGCAUAACCUCUUCAAUCUGACACUUUUGCCCGUGGAUACCAUGAUUAGCAAUGAUUCGCUGCAGAAAUACGAUCGGAUUUUGAGCCUUAACAAUCUUACACUGAACCGGCUUACCCAGCAAUUGUCACCGGACUGCAUCGAAAUGAUUUCCAGCUGCAUUUGGAAGGGCAUCAAUACGCGAUGCGAAAGCCUCUUUCAACGCAUAGAUACCAUGGAGGGGCAGUGCUGUACUUUUAACUAUUUCGGCGGUAUCAGCAACAAUUUUCCAGAGAAAAUUGCAUAUCAGGUUCCAAAGCGACCAUAUCGCGUUACGGGAUGCGGCUAUCCCACGGGUCUCUCGGUUCUGCUUAACCCCAUGAUAUCGGACUAUUAUGGCACCUUCUUCAGUGGCUUUGGCUUUCGCCUGCUUCUCCACGAUGCCUAUAACUUUCCGGAUGAGAAUUCGGAGACCAAAGUGGUCACCACGACGAGGGAAAGUUUUGUGAGAAUAAAUCCAGAGUCCACCUACGCAACCAACGAUAUUCGCCGCAUGGAUCUAUCACUGAGGAACUGCCUCUUUGGAAGCGAGAUGACCAUGCAUGGCCUCAGGCGCUAUUCCUUCAUCAACUGCAUGUUCGAAUGCCGGGUCCGGAUGACUGUGGACCUUUGUGGUUGUCUACCACCGUAUGUUUACAACAACGGCAGCUACAAAGUUUGUGGUGUGCUGCAAACCAAUUGCAUAAUUCACAGUAAAAGACUCUUUUCCCAUGCCCUGGCCAAUUUGAAUUUCUCGCUCUCAAUUGUCCGGGAGACGGAUAGUUUUCCCUGUGGAUGUCUGCCGGACUGCCAGUCGAAUCAUUAUGUUUCUGAGAGCACUACUGGCCGAUUGGACAUAAGCUACUUUGCCAACCGACCAACAUUCAACAAUGCCACAGAUAGGAUACUACUCCAUGUGUUUUUCAGCGAUCUAAUGAGCACCAGAUAUCGAACGGACAUAUUUCAGAACUGGCUGUCCGCCUUGGCCUCAUUUGGCGGCUUGCUGGGACUAAUUAUGGGAUUCAGCAUAGUGACGGCAUUCGAGUUCAUAUACUUUCUUACCUUCCGUCCAGUUUUCAACUACAUCAACCGGGAGUAG